AUGGACGGAAUGGAUAGGAUUGAAUUCUUGAAGCAUGUUGCUGCUCAGAACGACACAACAGGACUACGAUUCAAACAACCGACAUGGCACAAGCAUCUGAAGCGUAACAAGAAUGCGAGACAGUUGAUUUCAGACGAAUGGAAACGUCUUACAAAUACAAAGGAAAAACAGGAUGGAGAACCUGAAGACCCAGACCAAAAUAGAACCAGAUUAUCAUACUUUAACGUACAGGCAUAUCCGUCUACUAAACCUGCAAAGAAGUACUGUGAUGUGACAGGCCUGAAGGCUCACUAUAAAGCUCCGAAUACCGGGUUAAGGUUCCACAACAGCGAGGUAUAUUCGCUGAUAAUCAAACCUAUGGCACCGGGCGCAGAACAAGCGUACUUGAAGCUAAGAGGUGAUCAUUUCGUGUUGAAAUGA